AUGUGGUCUUGGUUUGGCGGCGCCGCCGCUCAGAAGCGCAAGGAAGCGCCUAAGAAUGCUAUCCUCGCGCUGCGGGGUCAGCUGGAUAUGCUCCAGAAGCGGGAGAGACAUCUGGAGAACCUGAUUUCGGAGCAGGAUACGAUCGCGCGGAAGAACAUCAACUCUGAUAAAAAUGCUGCUAAGAAUGCCCUCCGACGGAAAAAGGUGCACGAGAAGAAUCUUGAGCAGACAACGGCGCAGACCAUGCAACUCGAGCAGCAGAUAUACUCGAUCGAAGCGGCAAAUAUCAACCACGAGACUCUACAGGCGAUGAAGCAGGCCGGUGCGGCGAUGAAGCAGAUCCAUGGUGGAAUGAAGCUCGAGGAUGUCGACAAGACAAUGGAGGAUCUCCAGGACCAGCAUGCGCUCCACACGGAAAUCGGAAACGCAAUUACCAGUGUCCCGCUCGGCGAACAGCCCGACGAGGAAGAUCUCGAGGCCGAAUUGGAGGGUCUCGAGCAGGAGGCUAUGGAUGCGAAGAUGCUCAACACUGGCUCUGUACCUGUUGGCGCUCAACUGGAUCGGUUACCAGCUGCGGGGAAUACAGAACUCAAACAACCCGCCCAGGCACAAGAGGAAGACGACGAAGAAGCCGAGCUGGCAAAGCUGCGCGCGGAAAUGGCCAUGUGA